AUUAGGUUUAUCGAUAGUGCAUUGCCUUGGUUAUCAGUAAAAUUCAACCAUAACUUUAAUCUCGCUAGAGAUGUAAAGCUGUUAAGCAGCAUUUUACAACAGCUAUUUUAAGUAACAAAAUGAAUUUUAAGUUAGUAACGAUUGAAUAUGUCCGGGCCAAUAAUUACAAAUUACUUAACACUUUAUUGUGCAGUGCCAGUUAUGCUGGAAUGGGAAGUGUUUUUACCCUGCUUGGAUCAUCUUUACUUGAUUACCAGAUUUUAAUAAAUGAAGAUUUUCAAACAGUGGCUACUCUUGUCCAACAAAGAGCAGUUGGAUACAUUGUUGGAGCGCUCUUAGCUGGAUUUAUUGAAAAAUAUGUCAGCAAAGUUCUGUUUCUUAGUUUAUCAAACCUGGUUCUUGGUAUUUCCAUAAUUAUAUCUCCAUGGUUUAGCAAUUUCUGGCCAUUAUCGGUAGCUACAAUAUUUGGUGGAAUAUCUCUCGGUUUUCUCGAAAUAUUUUGCAAUGUUUACACUGCGCUAUUAUGGAAAGCACAGAGUACUAACUACCUUCAAGCUCUUCACCUGUUUUUUGAUGUUGGUGCUUUGGUCGCUCCGUUGAUUACAAGACCUUUUUUACUUCCCAUUGAUAUUGAUGACUACAAUAACCAACAAGGAAUCAAUUCAACUGAUAGUAAAUCUUACACCAAAGAUGAUGUUCUCAUUCAAUAUCCUCACCUCAUAAUGGGCUUAUUCCUGGCUGCUGUUGCCUUUGUAUUUUUCAUUAUUUUCAUCUAUGGUAAUGACCAAAUUGAAAGUGAUGAGGAUAAUGACAAAGAUAAAGAAUCAACUAAUAACAAACCAAAUGACGGCCAGAGAUCCAAACAAAUACUGGCCAUAGUUCUGACAGCGUUAAUUGUUAAUUUUGAAUUUGGUGGACAAAAUCUCGUCAGUGCUCUUGGUCCAGCUUUUGGCGUUAAAUCUAAUUUGAGAUUGAACAAACAAGAUGCUGCUCUUUUGGUCACUAUUUACUGGUCAAUUGCCAGUAUAUACAGGCUCGUGUUGAUUCCAUUAACAAUAUACUUUACAGAAGCAACUCUAAUCAUAUUCAAUGUAAUAAUAGUGAUUUGUGGAGCUUCAGUUAUGGCUGCUGGAGCUGACAGCAAUUUAACAUUGACUUGGAUCUCAUUUGGCCUUCUUAGCAUGGGCUUUUCACCUUGUUUUGCUUUCUCUUUUGGCCUUAUUCAGCGAUAUUUUACGAUAUCAAGUAGAGUCACUUCACUGAUCUUCUUCUUUGGAACUUUGGGUGAAUCUAUUCACCCAUGGGUUGUGUCUAGAUACUUGGAAUCAUCCUCAUCUUUUUAUACCAUUUACUUUGCAACAAUAGCAUACACUAAUUCAUUUUUAUGUAUAUUCCUUGUAAUUCUCAUGGUUAAAUUUUACAAGAAAAGUUCUCCAAAUAGAGAUGAAUAUCUAAGAUUAGAUUAAUAGCAUUAACAGGGUUUUCAUUAAAAUACAAUUCAAGUCGACAAAGCUCAAAAGAUCACUAAUUUACUGUCUAAUGUGAUUGUAAUGAAAAUUUGAUUUUGAAAAGCAAAGUCAAAAGGUUUCUCUUCAUCAAUCAAUAUUCAAUAAUAUAAUCACAUGAUACCGGCAUUUAGAUAAUCAUUGAUCAUUGAUCACUUUUAACAUGUUAAUAUGAUGUUUCUGUUUAAAAUUGAAUUUAAACAAUGUAUUUGUUAAUAUUGGUGACAAAUUAAAUAUAAUACAUUUGAAAUGGA